AUGCUGAGUCGCCGCUUCUUGCGAUCAAUCUUCCAGAUGAAUACCGUUUCUCACUUCGCCAAAUCGGCGCCGAGCUUAACGCAGACGAUGAGGAAGUCCGACUAUCUCUUGAAGGCUUCGGAGGCCGAUGAGAAUGAGAGACUCGACAUCCAACAUCGUCUGUUAUUGCACAUGAUGCAUCAGAAGCUACUCCAUCCAGACAUUCCAGAGAGAUUUGAACGGGUUGCGGACAUUGCGACUGGGAAUGGGGACUGGUUAUUUGAGCUAAAGAAAGUUGCGGAAUCAGAGCCAAGCACUACCCAAACAAAAUACCAUGGAUUUGAUAUCUCAUCUUCGCUGUUUCCCAAGCUGGAGUCCGUCGCAAACAUCGACUUCUCCGUGCACGACUUCUACAAGCCUUUCCCAGAGGAACAUAUUGGAAAAUAUGACCUUGUACAUGCCAGACACCUAGUUCUUGCGGUUCGGAAAUCAUCAUUACCAACCGCAGUGGACAAUAUCUCCUCUUUGCUAAAACCUGGUGGAUACAUACAAUGGGAAGAAUACGACUUCGCCGACCAACUCGCGGCGUGCCCACCCUGCAAGAUGACCUCUAAUUGGGAGGCAGUAUUCGAUUGGAUCGUUCAGCGCGGAUACAGCCUCACAUUCUCCAGCGACACGGCGUUUGGGUGGUGA